AUGCCCGGCGCCAAUUAUAUGGGUGGAAAACGCAACGCGAUGAAAGCACGGGCGAAAGAUACAAUUGGCAGACAAGAAAAGGGUCACUUCGGUCGUCAGAGGCUGAAUAUACUUUCGCAAGGACUAUCAGCUUCAAAGCCGUCCGAAAAGGCCCAACAAGCGAAGGACAUCAUGCACCCAAACAGCAAAGGGCUUUCGGACAUUGAUCUUGCCCAUGCGAGAAAGAAAAUUCCCAUUGACAGCGACGCCGAUACCACAAAGUGGUUCAUACCAAAACCCAUUCAUAUAUCUCCUAGCACACCGCGCUCCAGGAGGUAUAUGAGGGAUCGCGACGCGCAUACAUCUAGCUCCAGGUCCAACGGUGGAAGGUCAAAGAUCCUUGAUGCACUGGAUACUUCACAACCGAUAUUUUUGAGGAGGGUCAUGGAUGAUAUUUUAGCCAUGGACGAUCUCGCGGGGUUGUCAGGAAUAGGUCCAUCAUCCAUACGGGCAGAGACAUGGAACCAAGAUUCAGAUCAUUCGGGACUAAUAGAGAUGGCCGAUAGUGAUCCAAGGUCCAAGAUAGAUAUCGAAGAGGUGCCCAGCAGCAGAAUGCGCACCCCAGCAAGGUCAAAAGCGUCGUACAUACCUUCUUCGAUAACACGACGCUUGAUGGAUGAUAGCAGACCAUCUUUUGAAUCCAGACUGCUUGGAAGUAGUAAGAAUCAUCAUCGAAGGAACUCCAGUGCAUUGAUGCCCAGUAUGCCUGUUGGAAAAAACUCGUCGAGCGAUUUUUUCGACAGCCAAUGUUCGGAUUUUUUCCAUGAGGAGGACAAGGCUUCAAAUGCAUUGGCAAUUAGGCGCCAGUCGUCCUUUGCAACAUCUGAAGACGCAGAUUUCAUCCACCCAGAGCGUGCAUCAUCAUAUUCUCCGAGAUGCUAUUCAAUGUCCUCCCAUGAAGUCGAAUGCGAGAAGCAAUCUCAAAGCAGCAUUGAGACAUCCGACGACCCCUUUGAGGACAUUCAUAAUGGAUUGCCCUCGUUUAUUAGGUUGGGUCCACUCAGAAACCGACGCGGAAACACAGAAAUAUGUGUAUAUGGAAGCCUUUUUGAACAGAGCGAUCCAUGGAGCACAAUCGGUCUAAUCCUUGGACUCGAAGGGAUUCAAGAAGACAAGCUUCUAGUGGACGAAAUUCUCGAGGAUGAUUGGGGUUGUGAGUCCUUGUUCGGAGGUGCCUGCCAGGACGAUAUGAGCGAUGAGAAUAUACUGGAUAUUCCUUGGGAGGACCUUUUACCAAAUACCAAGCCGACGUCGCCAAUGCCUGCUCUGCCCUCUCGACACAGUCCGAUUUGCGACAAGGAGACUACAGUCCAACUAGAAUGCAAUACUCCACCGUUAGGCCCCCUCUGUGACAGAAUGCAUGCUAACGAAAAUGCUGCUAUCGAAGAGCUAGUAGAAAAUAUCAAGAACGGCGACAAGAUAGUACUGCCCGAACUGCGAGAAGUGGAUGGACGAUUCCUUGGGCCGUCGUUGUUUGACGAUUUCGACGAGUCAGAGUGA